AUGUCACAACAUGGUGCGCCUGGAGCAGCGGUGCAAAAGAAAUCGCGGCGACCGGUGUUGUCUCCGCACGUUGCCCAUGCCCACGCCUUUGCCGCCGUGCCAUCCCCCGGCGGGCCCAAAUCUGCCAGUUCGUCAUAUUUCCCGCUCCCUAACCCCCCCGCUCCUCUGCGGGCCUUUGCACUUGCCCAAAGUGACACCAGCCAUGGCGCAGAACCCAGCACGGCUUCCUAUCCCAACAGCACCAGCAAUCCAUCUGCCCACAGCAGGCGAGAAAAGCCCAAGGAGAACAGGAAUGCGUCGUGUAGCUCGCGCGGACAGGCCGACAGACCGUGCAAGUCGCCCUCUGCCCCUUCGCCCUCGCCAUCCCACUAUCAGUUUGCAUCCGCCGCUCCCUUUUCGGUCUCUACUCCCAACCGGAGCUCUGCCCUCUCGUCCUCGAGCAGCGCAUCGAUACGUUCGGCCCUGAGUAUUGCAGAGAUAGACUGGUGCGUUCAAUUCGUAUCAUCACAUAUGCAUUCCAAAUCCCUCAUUUUGAUCGACAAUACUGGGUCGCGGUCCUCUGCGUACUCGGCUACCCGAUCCAACUCGUCCUCGUUAUCUCGUGCACCAAGCGAUGCGGGCGGAGGAUCGGCGUCCUUAUCGGAACUGGGUCUGAGCUCAAACGAAGAGGGCGAGAGAUGGGUGAGCGACGAGGCCGAGAGAGAGCGGCAGCGGGAAGGGCGGAGAGCGUUUAUGAAGGCCAGGCAGAACCUCAGGGACGAGGCCAGGCGCAGGAGACGGGAGAGCAAGGGCGAGUCGGUCGAUGUUUCGCACGCUGCGACAUGGCGCGAGGUCAUAGGCACCAGCACGACCAUGCCGCUCAGGGGCAUCCCCGAGUCCCGUGCCAGUUCCAGUCAUGGCCAUUCGGCUGCUGGCAGUCCUCGUGCUUCCCAGAUGGCGAGACGCUUUCCGGCCCCGCUCACCGACAUGCUUGGGAUGUCGUCGCCCCCGCCUUCGGGCCCGGGUCCCCCAUCUGGAUCAGAUGUUCCUGUCGAUACACUUGCCGACGCUCUGUCCGAGCCGAUGAAUCUUUCCGGCACGCCUCCGGAAGAGCAAAAGAGCGACCAGGACUCCACCCCUGAUGGAAUUCCUACCUUGAACCGUUUCGAUUCGGACAACACGGCCGUUGGGCUCCCUGCCGUUCCUCAAGUUGAUACCCAGCCGUUAUGA